CGGUGUCCUCCCAUUUCCCAAUCAACCAUGGCAACUCUUUUCCCUCCACCAAGCAAGCGCCAGAAGCGCGAGAUUGCAGAAAAGGCUGAGCAACAGCAAGCAAUCGAGAGCAUCCCGGAUGACUUAGGAAGCGUCCGAGUGCAGUUCUUCGACCAAGCAACAGGCUCAGCAACCGGGCCUGCUGUCUCAGUGCCCGUAGCCGAUGCUACAGUCAAGAACUUGGAGACGCUUUUGAACACGUUGCAAGGCAAUGAUGAUGAUGACCGAGUUCCGUAUAGAUUUACCUACCAAUCGAACGACAAGGACAACCAGACUGUUGAUAUUCUGGCAGAUGUCUACCAUUCCUUGCUUAAGCCAGGUCUGAAGACCACGGAAGAUACCAUCCCCCUCUACUUUACUCCACAGGCAGUAUUUCGAGUCAAGGCCGUUUCACGAUGCUCUGCCGCGAUAGCCGGACACGGCGAAGCUAUUCUUGCGACGUCAUUUUCUCCCGUUUCUUCGUCCACUAUGGUUUCUGGGAGCGGUGAUUCAACCGCUAGAAUCUGGGACUGUGACACGGGGACCCCGAUGCACACUCUUAAGGGACAUACCAGCUGGGUUCUAGCGGUCAGCUACUCGCCAAAUGGCGCAAUGAUCGCGACUGGGAGUAUGGACAAUACUGUACGGCUGUGGGAUGCAAAAAAGGGACAACCACUCGGCGGCCCGCUAAAGGGCCACGCGAAGUGGAUCACAAGUCUGGCGUGGGAGCCAUACCAUGUACAAGAACCAGGGAGACCGCGACUAGCCUCUGCAUCGAAGGAUUCCACGGUCAGGGUGUGGGACGUAGUGUCAAAGAGGAUUGACACCGUUCUUACCGGCCACAAGGGUUCAGUCACCUGUGUCCGUUGGGGAGGUACUGGACGGGUUUACACGGCAUCUCACGACAAGACAAUCAAGAUCUGGAACCCCAAGGAUGGUAGCUUGAUUCAGACUCUAUCGGCGCAUGCACACCGCGUGAACCACCUAGCUCUAUCCACGGACUUUGCUCUCAGAACAGCCUACCAUGACCACACAGGGAAAGUCCCGCUGAGCGACGCAGAUAAGGUCCGAGUUGCUCGCGAGCGAUUUGAGCGGGCCGCGACUAUCAACAACAAGAUUGUGGAGAAGCUAGUGUCUGCAAGUGAUGACUUUACCAUGUUCCUGUGGGAUCCUGAGAGCUCCAACAAGCCUAUAGCCCGGUUACUCGGCCAUCAGAAAGAGGUCAACCAUGUUACCUUCUCACCGGAUAUGGCCUACAUCGCAUCUGCAGGGUUCGACAACCACGUGAAACUAUGGAACGGGCGUGAUGGGAAGUUCAUCACCACCCUCCGCGGCCACGUCGGCGCUGUCUACCAAUGCUGCUUCUCCGCAGACUCGCGUCUUCUUGUAUCAUCAUCGAAAGACACAACACUCAAAGUGUGGAACGUACGCACAGGCAAGCUGAGCAUGGACCUUCCCGGCCAUCAGGACGAGGUAUUUGCCGUGGACUGGAGUCCAGACGGACAAAAAGUAGGGAGCGGUGGAAAAGAUAAGAAAGUCCGGAUAUGGAGAAAUUAACGUAGAUGCUAUUUUGUUGUUAUUGUUAUACACGAGAUAGAACAGCAACACGAUAAAAAUUGAUGAUACCCAAUUCUUAUCAUGCACCCUAUCCUAGGCUUUUACAUAUCACCUUGCUUUCCCAGUAGGUCCCUGUACACCUUAUUCAAAUCUCCAAACCGAAUGAAUCUAAACAUACUCCCAAGCAGGAAUGGACCCAUUAUACGGGAAAGCAAUAGCACUAAACCCAAGACAGUCCUCCACCUUGCCCAAGGGGGCUGUGACAUUCUGCGCAGCCACGAAAACCUGCCACCGAUGAUCUUUCGUGGGACAAGCCAUGAACCCCGACGCACCCCAAGCGGUGGUCGAGUAAUGAGGCAGCGUCGAACCAGAGCGGGCAGCGAUGCUGAACGGACCCAGCACUGAACCGGGGGGGACAUAGGCUGAGUGAGGCUGGGUGAAGCUCAGGGCCCCAGUGGGGGAGAUGUAGAGCUCUUGGCCUCCAGGUACGGUGACGUCCUGGAUUCAAGCUUGUUAGUAUGAUUGUACUUUCUCUUUUUUACAAAUGUGCAAGGAUAAUAUACAUACCAAUGCAGCGCCUCCUGGGGCGAGAACGGUCUGCGUCCCCGGGGGACAACUGCCAACCUGGGGAGGACAGUAAGUCGACGUGUUUCCCCCCAGGUAGAAGGCUCCUCCAUUGGCAUUCAUGGGCAGGAGGUGGACGGGAGAGGCCGAGCGAGAGGACAAGAUCUGGUAUCCCGAUGGGCCGGCGGCCGCCAGGAAGGGAAGAACAAGAGUGGAAAGGAUAGACAGCUUCAUGAUGGCGACUAUAGAUAAACUAUGAUAAGAAUUGCUUGGGAUGAAGUUACAGCAUUCAAUGAACAGCAUUCAGGGGGAUUGGGUCUGCUUAAAUACCGGCAGUCGUUGCAGCAUAUCGUCAUAGUCAUCGGUCAAAUUCCAGGGAUCAACAUCGCCCUGCGUGGGAGUUGACUGCAAACCCCUUGUAUAUACAUCACUGUUUCACUCUCAAACAGGAGCAAAGCAGUAGUCCCAAUCUCAGCCACUUCGAUGCGGUCAUCUCACUUGCCCGUGGUCGUUUGUGUCGUCGUCGCCGUCGUCUUCUCUUCCUCCCGAGCCUGCACAUGCUGCUCCCAGCAUGUCUCGAUGUCAUUCCGGUAAAUCCAAUUCAACUGAUCCCCGACAUUGAAAGACUCGAUCCUGGUCCGGACAGUCUUCUCGAAUAUCGACACGGGGUCUGGGUCCUGAGAAGCUGCCUGGGAUCUGGCUUCUUGCACUUGUCGUUUAUGGUUAUCGAGGUAUUCAUACCUAUGCCAUAAGGA